GCGUUCACGGCGCCUCCUGCAGGGAAGUGUCCGAUCUCACUACGAACAUGGCUGCUGCAGUAAGGAUGAGGACGUGGAGCUGUCCGACCAGAGGAGUUUUCUGUCCAUGGGGAGUCCUUCUUGUAUUUUUACUCGGUACCAUAAAUGCGGUUGUUGCAGCUCCAGAGACAGGACUGUGGAGAAUCACAGUUGUAAAUACAUCAAGGCCACUGCUGUUAAAGAAAUCCAUGUAUAAAGACACUGACAUUGAAUUGGAAGUUGUGUCUUUUGGCUGUCCUGAGGAGGUGACCUUCACUAUUCACUGGUAUUUAAAAUACAACCCCUGUCACAAUGAAUUCAACAAUAUUGAAGAAAUGUAUGAGAGAACAGCCCUGAGUCGUGGGGAGAGCCUGGAUCCAAAUCCCCUCGGACAAGGAGAGUACAUUGAACACAAACCCAGUCCCAUGACAUGUAACAACGGACUGCGCUCUUUUCCAAUGCUCAAAAAAGCCAAGGCAGAUCCACGUCCAGUCACUCCACCAGUGGAGGGCAGAGUUCUAGAUGAAAAUGACACCAGGUGGCUUACUGAGGAAUAUGACAGCAGCACCUUGAAGAACGGCAGUGUAAAUAUCAAAGACAACAUCAUAGCCACCACAUGGAAGGACGGGCCUUAUCUGCUGGUUGUUAAGAUUGUGUCCAGUAAACAGGAUGCCAACUGGAAUUUAACAGUCAAUGUGGUGAUGAAAGGCAGCCAUGGUUACAUUUCUAUCACAGAAUGGCCUCUCAUGAUUUUCUACAUGGUGAUGUGCAUAAUGUACAUCCUGUACGCCCUGCUGUGGUUUGCCUGGGCAGCCUGCUACUGGAAGGAUCUGCUGCGGAUCCAGUUCUGGAUAGCAGGGGUCAUAUUUCUCGGGAUGGUGGAGAAGGCCGUCUUCUGCGCUGAAUAUGAAAACACCAAUGCUGUCGGCUCUGCUUCUUCAGGCUUACUGAUCUUUGCCGAGCUGGUCUCUGCCCUUAAGAGGACUUUGGCUCGAUUGCUUGUCAUCAUCGUCAGUCUUGGCUACGGCAUUGUAAAGCCUCGACUGGGGACAGUGAUGCACAGAGUCGUGGGGCUCGGCAUCCUCUACUUUUCCUUUGCUAGCAUUGAAGGUGUCCUGAGGAUUACUGGGGGGCGAGACAAUGGCCCCGCUCUCAUUACAGAAAUUGUGCUGGCAGUGUGUGACUCCUGUGCCAUCUGGUUCAUCUUUGUCAGUUUGGCACAAACCAUCAAGACUCUGAAGCUGAGGAGAAACCCUGUCAAGUUGUCUCUCUACAGGCACUUUACAAACACACUCAUAUUUGCUGUGAUUGCUUCUAUCAUUUUCAUGGGUUGGACAGCAAAGAAAUUUCGGCUAGCAGAUUGCCAAUCUGAUUGGAUUGAGCUGUGGGUGGAAGACGCUUUCUGGAGGUUCUUGUUCUCCAUCAUUCUGCUCGUCAUAAUGUUUUUGUGGAGACCGUCUGCAAACAACCAAAGGUAUGCUUUCACACCUCUGAUCGAUGACUCUGACGAUGAGGAGAUCGAGGAGUUCAUCGCCGCUUCAAACAUUGCUGAUGGCAUUAAGUUGAGAGCAACUAAAAAUGAGACAAAUGGCAUAGUGAAGCCUGCAGAAACAAACCCAGAUGAAGACUUGAAGUGGGUGGAGGAUAACAUUCCUAGCUCUCUUACUGAUGUAGCUCUACCAGUCCUGCUCGACUCAGAUGAGGAAAUCAUGACAACAAAGUAUGAGAUGUCUAAGCUAGAGUGAGGCAAAACACUUCUAGCCUUGAGCUGACAUGGAGGGAGAACACAGCAGCUGUCCCCUGACUCUGCAGCUGGGUUUCCUCCAGGAUUUCCAGUCGGAUGGUGGUGGAGUGCCAUUAAGUUUUUCAGGGGAUCCUUCUCAAUGGCUGCUGCUUCGCAGGGUGGUGCAGGUCACAAUUUAGGAGGACCUCUGCUCAUUUCCUCAACUUUUCAAGAACACAGAACUCUGCCAGAGUAAGACUGUCUUUUCACCGACCAACUGGUUCACCUUUUCCCUGAUAUGAUCAGUUUUGAGCCUUUCUUUCCAAAGAGAAUGUUUCAUUUUAUAUUAAGUGCUGUAUUUAUUUCUGUUAUGUCGAUGUGAAUUUAUUUUAUCAGAGAAUUAGGAACAGUGGGCCUCAUGCAUGAACAUACUUUCAAAUAUACAUUAUGUGUCUUUUUGAGGGUAUUGGUUGUACUAAAAUUAGAUGCUUAUUUAUGGUGGAGAAAAAUCAUUAAAAGGCUUUUUUUUUCUCGGUUAAUGUCAAGCAAGUGAGUAAGAAUGAUUUAUCUAAGCUAUUUUUCAGCCAGAAGAGAAACAGAGAGUUUGACUUCCGUGUGUUUGAUUAAUUUCAAGCAGGAUCUUUUUUUAUAUAUAUAAAUAUAUAAUUGUCAAGUUUGCAAAAGUUAAGGUAUUCACUAAACGUUCUGUAUUUUUCAUGAGACCAUGCACACUUUUUCGUUGUUGCCAGCAUUUCAAAUCGGAGAAAAAUUCAAAUAUUGUAACUUUGAAUAGGAUUUGCUCAUAUGCACUUUGAAGAUCAAAGCUGUGCCUACAUGUAGUUUUUGUAUGAGGCCUAAUCUGUUCAGGAAACUGAGAGUAACAUGUAUAAAAGUGUUGUUCAUGUCUCGGAUUGAAACUACCCAGCAUCCUCAUUAUUGAUGUGUGAGUGAUGGUGAGAGGAAUGGUGCGUCAACAAGUGAUAUGUGUAAUUUGAAGUGUUACUGGGUUCAGUAGUGUAGAGCUGGGGUUUGCAGUCGUGUUUUAAAUCUACUGUAUGUGUGUGGGUGGCCCAGAGUUUGUGUCCUCUGAAAUAAGGAGCAAUAUACUGUAUGUAUGUUGAUAUGGAGUUGGAGUAUGGAAAUUGUCAUUAUUUAUUUGUGUUUCAAGUGUACUUAUAAGUUGUUAAAGUGUGUGUUCAUCCACGUUUACUCUAUAAGUGUGUUUACAUGUGUGCUUCCAUUUUUUUAAUGACUUGGAUCCUGAACAAUCUUUCGAUGUAUUAGGCAAAAUGGCAAAACUGCAGCUUGCGUCGUGUUUCUUUGCAGUGUUUGUGUUUGUUUCACAGACACCUUAGUAACAUUCAUCUUUCAGAGAAGUCUUAAUAUGUUUAUUUUUUAUGUGCAUUUCUGAAAAUGGAUGGCAUGGUGUUUUUGUCGGUGUAGUUUUGGAGUCAAAACACUGUCGUCAUCUUCAUGUUUGUUCUCUUGAGUAAAUGUAACAGCGGGAUUUGUAUUCUUGUCUGUCUAAGCCAUCCCAUAAUAUGACGCACUAGAUAAGUUAUGUGGUUAGCACAAGCACAAGCUGAUCAUCUGAAUGGGUUUAUAACGUCACUGUUCUGUUUUUUGUUUUGUUUUUUUUGGUUGGAAACAUGGAAUAAUUGUGCUUAUGAUGGCAAGCUGUCCUUCUGUUAUAUAAAACUGCAGACACCUGCAGUGGACCUUGAUUAUUUGUACAGAUGGGUCGUGGCUCAUUCCUUGUUAUUUCAUAAUUCCACAGGUGCAGAGGUGUCUGGAUAAUAUGACUCGACUGUUUUUUUGUUUUUUUUUAACGAGUGUCAUGAGGAACUGGGCUUAAACUUUUCAUACCAGCUGUUUUCUUUCUCUCUUCCUUCUCAGGAAGUGUGUACACUCAGAUUAAAUAUGAAAAGAACACAAGAGAAUGUUUGUUUCCUGAUCUAUGAUUUUCAGUGUUAAUUUGGCAAUAAAAACACAUAUUUUA